AUGCGAACGAUACGAUAUCUCGUGCCGGUGCUGCUGGCCAUGGCUGGGGUGGCCAGUGCCCAGGACUUUGGCGCUCUGUCGAGCUGUGCGCAAAACUGCGUCAACAACAUGAGAACCAGCGUCGGCUGCGUGCCUGUCACCGACCAGUGUCUCUGCGGCAAUUCCGCCUUUGAAAACGGAAUUCGUGACUGCGCAAAUCAGUCGUGCUCUGCUGAGGAUGCAGCAGCUGCUGUGGACUAUGCAGGUGGAUUUUGCCUGAAAGCAACCGGGACCACAACGACCGCAGCCGCGACUACACCCGAAACGACCAACACGACCCCUCCGCCUCCCACGACCACCGCCGAACCAGAGACCACGACGACGCCCACCACUGAAAGUGAGCCGACUUCAGUCUCGGCUGAGACCGUCACCUCGGAGACAGAGACAUCGACUGCGAGCGCGGCCACCACUGAGACCAGCUCCACAGCUUCUACAACCGCCUCUGAAACCACCGAGACGUCUUCCUCCUCGGCGUCCAAGACCACUUCCGAAACAAGCUCGGGCACAAAGGCGUCUGCCUCUGAGUCUGCCUCGUCGACCGCCGAUGCCGCUGCGGCGUCACCACCGGACAGUGGUCUUUCUGUCGGCGCAAAGGCUGGCAUCGCUGUCGGCGCCGGCGCCGCCGUUGUUGCCCUAGUUGCCUUGGCAAUCGCCUUUUGCCGGACAAGACGCGCCAGACGUCCUCUGCCUCGAGGUACUAUGCAGAUCUCCGAGCCUCUUCCUGGAUCCGGCCGACUGGACUACGAGACCGGGACGCAAUUCACCACCCGACCACCCAAAUCGGCCGGCUCCAAGUUCUCCCAAGUGACAGAGCUCGACCAGAAUGCUCGACGAUAUGAGGACAUGCUUCCGCGUGUGUCUCCAAGACGGAUGGUCUGA